AUAUUCUAUAUCUGAACAAUCAGCGCCUCAAGGCUGUAGAUGAACUGGAUGCAAUUCGAAGAGAAAAACAUCUAUUAUUUAAGAAGUUAGAACAAUUGGAGGCCGAAAAGAAGGCAGAUGUUUGUCAAAGGUCCAGGCACUUUAUGGGAGUUGUUCUUGCGCAUAGACACAAUGGUCCUUUCUGGUAUGAUUAACUCAGAGGAAGCAACUCACCUUAGAAAAGUGAUUGUGAACAGUCAGAUCUCCAUACAUGAUGCAUUUCAUGAGAUACAGCACAAAAAAGACAUUGAACUGCUGUCUGAACUUCAUCAUUUUUCAGAAAAAAUAACUAGAAAAGGUAUGCAUAUUGUGCAUAUUUGUUGUGAAAUGGAGCCAAUUGCCUCAGUUGGAUCCUUGGCAACAUAUGUCACUGGAUUGUCGUGUGCAUUGCAAAGAAAAGGUUAUUUGGUGGAAGUCAUUUUGCCCAAGUAUACAGUAGCAGACAAUGGUGCUCUUCAAGAAUUCCGCAAAACAGAAUUCGAGUUCAAUUCUUAUUUUGGAGGCUGCUGGCAUAAAAACAGAGUAUGGACAGGUGUUCUCUAUGGUAUUGGAGUUACAUUAGUGGAGCCUUUAAACUAUGCAACAUUUUUCAACCGCAAUAACAUAUAUGGCUAUCCUGAUGACUUUGAACGAUUCACAUACUUCUCCCGUGCUUCUAUGGAUUAUUUGGUAAAAACUGGUAAGCAGCCAGAUGUGUUGCAUAUACACAAUUGGGAAACUGCUAUUAUUGGUCCACUUUUUUGGGAUAUAUUUGUUCAUCAGGGACUUGCUGGCACUCGGGUCCUGUGCACUUGUCAUGAUUUAACAUCUCAAUGUCUGGAGCAGCCAGAAAAGCUUGCACUCUCUGGACUUAAUCCUUCUCAACUUCACCGUCCUGAUCGUAUGCAAGAUAAUGACAAGGCAGAUCUUAUCAAUGUUUUAAAGGGCGGAAUUGUAUACUCUAACAAAGUAGUUCUUAUGCCAUCAUUCCUCUCAAAGGACAAGAUUUUCCAUAGUCUAAGCCAUGGGUUGGAACCUACACUAGCCAUUCAUAAGGAAAAAAUGUUGAUUGCACCUUACGGAUAUGAUAGUGCAGUAUGGGAUCCUUCCUUGGACAAAUUUCUUCCUGCAAAGUAUUCAGCAGAUACUAUUGAAGGAAAAGCCACUUGUAAAGAUGCACUUAAACAUCAUCUUGGUUUCCAGCAACCGUCCUCUGCAGUAGUUGGGUGCAUCUACUCAGGAUCUUCAGAUUUUGACCUGCUAAGUCUAAAACUAGCAAUUAUGCAUUGCUUGCGAAGGUCUUGUCAGUGUGUUCUCUUGGGGCCUAAAUUACCAGCUCUCAACACCAUUUUGCAAGCUUUUCAAGAUGAAUCAAUGGAUGAAGAUGUAAAAUUCAUAGCAGACUAUGAUGAAUCUUUAUUGCACUUAGUUCUUGCAGGCACGGAUAUCAUGCUAUGCUGCACAUUUCAUGAUCCUGUGCUACAGAUACCGCUCAAGGCAGUGAAGUAUGGAUCUGCUCCCAUACUAAUGGACUCAGGAAUUGAUGAAUUAAGGAAGUCUGAAUGGCAUGAAGUUGGAUACGGAUCCAGAGAUGACAGGCCUUCUGGGUUGCAUGAGUUUGCAAGUGCAUCAUUUUCACAGUACAUCCUUUCCACUUAUGCAAAUAUGACACUAAGCCAAGCCCUUGAUGAAAUCCUGAACGAGCCGUCAAAGUGGAGUAGGAGGAUCAGGGAAGGUAUGUCCAGAGAUUUUUCAUGGGAUGCUGAGUGUUGUGACAUUCAUUGUGCAGCUUACACAUCCAUAAAGAACUUAUGAGAUGCAGUGCUUCUGCUAGC